GUAACUUUCCACAUUUCUAGCGAUGACUCUACUGACUGGAGCACCUUCAACACAAUUGCGCCUGACGCUCCUAUCGGCAAUCCAGCGCGCGGCUUGACUCAGACUCUACAAUUCCUCAUAUUAUACCACAUCAGCAACAUCACGCCUCCCUUGUUAGCAUCUCCAUAGCUUCUAUACAUAUAUCAGCACUGCGCCUAGCUAAGGCGCAGAGGUGUGAAAAUGCCUACCAUUACCGUCGAUAAGGCAGAGCUCUAUGAGUCCCUCGGGAAAGAGUAUACCACAAAAGAGUUCGAUGAACUUUGUUUCGAGUUCGGAAUUGAAUUGGACGAGGAUACAUCAGAAACAGGACUUGCCGUUGUGAAUGGAGUCGAGCAGCCACCACAGCUCAAGAUCGAAAUACCUGCUAAUCGGUAUGACAUGCUCUGCUUUGAGGGUAUCGCAAUGAACCUCAAGGUCUUCCUUGAGCAGCAAAGUCCACCGAACUACACGCUGACGGCCCCGACUUCCGGCGAGCUUCAAGUUAUAAACGUGGCUAAAGAGACGGAGACAGUACGGCCCCUUCUCUCUGGCGCUGUGCUACGGAACAUCAAGUUCACGAAAGCGAGAUAUGAAUCCUUCAUAUCACUACAGGACAAACUGCACCAAAAUCUCGCGCGGCAGAGGACCUUGGUAUCGAUAGGGACUCACGACCUAGACACCAUUAAAGGCCCUUUCUCUUACGAAGCUCUCGCCCCUGGGGAGAUCGAGUUCAUUCCCCUGAAUCAAGAAAAGAAAAUGAACGCAAGAGAGCUCAUGGAGUUCUACGAGAAAGACAAGCACCUUGGGCGGUACCUGCACAUCAUCAAGGAUAAACCGCUUUACCCAGUCAUAUAUGAUGCAAACAGAACAGUGCUCUCGCUACCCCCAAUCAUCAACGGCAACCACUCUAAAAUCACUCUGGAUACGAAAAAUGUUCUGGUAGAGAUCACUGCUAUUGACGAAACGAAAGUGGAGAUUAUCAACAAUAUCUUAGUUGCCAUGUUUGGCCCCUAUUGUGACGCCAUCGAGCCUAUCAAGAUCGUUUCGGAACACAACAAGAAGUCACGAGAGGUCCCAGACCUCACACCCCGCUCCAUGCCUGCCGAAGUGUCCUAUCUCAACGAUGUCUGUGGCCUAGACCUCUCACCAGCCGAACAAUGCCGCCUGCUCGCACGCAUGGGACACUCGGCUAAACCUUCGACUACAUCACCAAACGACACAUUAGAUGUCAAUGUGCCAGUCACGCGAGCCGAUGUCCUGCAUCAGGCUGAUAUCAUGGAAGAUCUCGGUAUCGCUUACGGUUUCAAUAAGCUGCCGCGAUUCUACCCAAACAAGACCGCCGCUGUGGCUGCCCCGUUGGCGAUCAACAAGCUUGGAGACAUUGUCCGCAUGGAGGCUGCUAUGGCUGGCUGGUCAGAAGUGAUGCCUCUAAUUCUAUGCUCACACGACGAGAAUUUUGCUUGGCUCAACCGGAUAGACGAUGGUAACACCGCCGUACGUCUCCAGAACCCCAAGACUGCGGAGUAUCAAGUCGUCCGCACGUCUCUCUUCCCAGGACUGCUCAAGACCAUCCGUGAGAACAAGCAUCACAGUGUACCAAUGAAGAUCUUCGAGGUCGCCGAUGUAGCCUUCAAGGAUCUGUCUCUUGAGCGGAAAUCACGUAAUGAGCGCCACUUUGCUGCUGCAUGGUAUGGCAAGACAUCCGGAUUCGAAGUAGUGCACGGGCUGCUUGAUCGCAUCAUGUUGAUGCUGAAGAGCACCUUCAUCACCCGAGAAGCCGAAUUAAGUCACGCGCAGCAGCAAACCGGCGGACAAAAGGCCGACGCGCUGGAGGGAUUCUGGAUCGAAGAGGUCGAGGACAAGACCUUCUUCCACGGUCAUGGCGCUGAGAUCCAUUUGAGACUGGGUGGGAAGGAGCAUGUCAUUGGUAGCUUCGGGAUAUUGCAUCCCAGUGUGCUGAAGCACUAUGAAUUGCCAUACCCGGUGAGCGCGCUGGAAAUCAAUCUCGAGGUCUUCUUGUAGUUUGGUGCAGGGCUCGGUAUGGAGUCACAAAAAGAUAGAAUGAAAAUCUUGCAAUGUCACAAAAUGGCAAGCCCGAUAGACCAAUGCAUUCCAUGAGGCAAUAGCUAUAACCCAAUGCCAGAAUGAAUCACUAUCCCAC